UCCUGCUGUCACCUCCCUUGUCACCCUGAUACUCUACCCUGUCCUCCUGCUGGCCCUUUACACCAUGCUCAGCAGGAAAAUUGCCCAGCAUUCCUGCAGGAUGCAGGUGAGCAGCAGCCCUGGGGAGCAUCCCAGCCCUCAGCCCAGCCCAGCUCCAGCCUCAGCACCAGGAGGGGACCUGGCACAGAAACAGCAACCUGGGGCACAGAAACAGCAACCUGGGGCACAAAACCCAUCCCCAGCCUAUGCAGGGAGCAGUGACACAUCCUCAGACACCUCAGAGGACUCAGACAACGACAACCCUUCCUGCCCUCAGGGCCGUGGCCCAGAGGAAAACAUCAAUUACACAUCCCUGGUGUUCCCAGUUAAAGGCCCUGAGCCGGGCUCUGCCCAGGACUACGAGAACGUCAAAUCUGGGCUGGAUUAUGUCAACGUGGACCCAAAGAAGAGGAAAACACAUUUCUGGCCCUUCUCCAGCCCCAGGGCAUCCAAGGGGGUGGAGUACACCGAGGUGAAGCUGUGACACUGAUGUGGA